AGGAAAUCUGGCUCUGAUUCUUGGAAGAACAAGGUGGUGACGUUUUCUGGAUGCCACCACCUUUCAACUUCUAUGAACCCGUAGCUACAACGACAGCGGCUACGAAUGCAUCCAUCGACAGAGUCGUCUUCCAAAUAGAACGGCUUUCUGGACAGAUCAAUGUUCUGACUUACGAGGUUGAUGGCGCAGUAGCAGAAAUAGCAAAACGCGGUGAAGAGACGAUCUCGUCGGUCAGUAACAAUUUUAACACUGAUACUAUCAAAAAUGUGGAAAGAAUGUUGCACAUCAUCCAAGAAAAGACCCAUGAUUGGCCGGUGACCGCACUCAUUGUUAUGGCAAUUACUGCCCUUGUCUUAAUUGUGAUUACGCUUUUAUUUCUAAUGGUCAAAGGAGGCGAGAAACUCGUCAAGAAGAAGUAUAAGAAGAAAACUCUCAUGCAAAAUCAUGACAUUGAGAAUAUUUAG